AGCCUCCCCAGCUCCUCCUGGGGAGGGAAAGGGUUAAGGGAGGCUGGGGUGCCCCCGGGGCCUACAGGCGGCUCUCAGGGUCUGCGGGUGCAAAUCCUCUUGGCUUUCAACAGUAUUUUUCCAGUGGGGGAAGAAGAACAGGUUGAUUCAGCCGAGCCAAGUGGGGACCAAGCUGCAGCCACAGCCUCCUUGCGCCAGAUGGCAAAUGCAUUUGCGACUAUUGCCCGUGCUUCCGUUCGCUGCGUUGACCGGAGUGACGCAGAAAUAGGAAAAAGGACCUCGAGGGCGCGAAGGAAGGUCACGCGGUGUCGCUCGGCGGCACGCUUUCCCCCAGCCCUCGCUCCAGUAGUGCUGUCAGGUCUUUUAGUCUCCUGAUGGGAAAAGCAGCAGCUCUGGAUCCCCCUCGGAGGGGGCGGCGCUUUCCCUGGGUGUGUGACGCCCAGGAGGAGACAGCACCCGCCGCCGCCUGCUCCCAGAAAAGGACUGGAUUCUGCACAACAUCCGAUGAUGAGAUGCUGGGGCUGUUUGUGCUCUACAGGACCCCAGGGACCGGGUGAGUACAUCCCCUCCUUGUACUUGGAGGAUUUGGCACUAGCAAGGACACCCUGGUAGGAACACGGGCCUCUCGCUCCCGCUGUGUGAACAGUGUGUGGCCUGGGGGAGUCGGGACAACUGCCGUGAACCGGAGGCCAAAGAUCUCUCCUGGCCUGUAUCCUGUUAAUUAAAGAGAUUGCACUCUGUUUGUGAGGCACCUCUGGCUGCAAGAUUGUGCAAGGCCAUCCACUGCGUAACUUGUGGCAGGGACCGGUGCUGGGGGCGUGAAAGCAACCGCGCUUCUAAAACCAUAAAACUCCAUUUUAUUUCAGAGCGCAGCUGAGUCAGCCCGCUCCUCAACACUCUGCCAUCUGCACCGCUGUGGCUGGGACCGGGCAGUGCUGCACAUGCCAAAGGCCACCAAGUCACACCUGUGUCCCUGCUGCUUUGCCGGGAGCUUCUGCGGUGCGAGCGAUGUUUUGGGGGCUGAUCUCUUGGACUGCAGCUACUCCAUGCCUGACCGGCAGCUGGUCAGGAGGGUUGCAUCCCAGGUGGAAUUCCACCUCUCUGACGAGAACCUGGCCAAGGAUGCUUUCCUCCUGAAACAUGUCCAGAGGAACAAGGUGGGCUUUGUCAGCAUCAAACUGCUGACGUCCUUGAAGAAGGUAGGCAGCCCGUUGCGUUGGCCAGCCGGGGUGGGAGUUUCUUCGACCGGCUUUUCGGUAUCAUGGGUCCCCAUCCCUGAGUCCCUGCUGAGCAUCCACCCCAGCAAACUGCUGCUGGCCUGGGAGCUGCUGCUCCUGGAGCAGGACAUGCUGCUGCUGCUCCAGAAGAAUUUCCUCAAGACCAUCACAAGGAUGUUCAGCCCCUUCGGCACCAUCGCCUCCAUCCGCAUCCUGCGGCCGGGCCGCAAGCUGCCCUCAGGUGUGCGGAAAUACACGUCAGACUUCCCCGAGCUGCUGAGCAAGCACUGCGCACUGGUGGAGUACAAGAGCCUGGGGAGCGCUUCAGCCUUGAGGAGCCUUGAGGACCUCGGCCGCCAGAGCGGUCCGCGUGGCGAGAGCAUCAGGGUGGUCCGGCUCUGCGGGAAGGGCUCCAAGAAGACACCCGGGGCCGAGAGGGAGGUGGCGGAGGAGCUGGUGGACCAGCCGGGUUGGAAAGCGCAGGCGGUGGCCGCGACCUUCCCCGACGGCCUCGGGGACUCCCUGCUCUGCAGCUCCCCGGAGUUGAACGGUGCCCAGGCGUUGCCACCCCUCCUCCUGCACAAGGACCCCUCGGCACCCUCCCGGCCCGGCAGCAACUUCAAGCCCAGCAAUUUCGGCAACGGCUUCAAUGGAUUGCUCCUCGCCAGCAAAGUCUUCCCUCCACUGGGGACAGGCUUGGGCACAGGCAGCUGCUACGGCCUCUGCUCCAGCACUGAGAGCACCCGUGGCUGCGGCUGGGGGAGUGGGGUGGGUGCCUGGGCACCCUGGCCCAGCAGCCCCUCUCCAGAUGCCAAACCUCUUGCCGGCAAUCCUCCGGCAGCGACAUGGGUGCCUGAGCCCCUCGGCCUGCGGGAUGCGGUGCUUUGCCUGCCCCACUGUUGUCCCAAAAGUGGGGUCGUUUACCCGGUGUGCAAAAUGCCAAUAUAGACACAGAGCAGAGGUAUUUUAUUCCAAUUCAUGUUUACGCAAAGAUGGGGGCUAGGUGGUAAUCUGCAACGCUAGCACC